CUUUUUUUUUUAGUCGCGCAAGAACCUGCAAUUACAAGUUGUGAUACGAAUAAAUAAAUACACGCAAUUGACACGUCUUCGUAGCUUGUCCUGUUUGCCCUACUGUGGCCACAGUUGCUCGCUAGGUAGUAAACUUCGUGAUCAAGCAUACCGGUGCUAAUAGAUCACCGAGUGGAAGUGCUGCAUUCGGGAGGGGAUUGAUUAUGUUCGGAACCAUCGACGGUGCUGGUAAUUAUACGUAAAAGGGUGCACGGAUUCGCUUCACCCACCCCGAUUGCAACAACGAGCCCGUGUCAGCGAUGCACAAAACAAUCGACAUGGCUGCAUCUAGCACGGUAACAAUUGUAUGGGUGGUGCUUGUCGCCACGCUUGCCGCACAGUGUCAAGCGGCGGGUGUGCCGGUGGCCGGACCGGCGAAACUCAUCGACGAACAAGCUUGCUCGCAGCUGAAAACGCUCUGCCCGAAAAGUGCAUUGGCCGCAGAAGAUAUCAAAGCGCUGGAGUGCGUCCAGUCGCUGCAUCCGGAGCAGAUCGACAGUCUAGAGCCGGAUUGUCAGCAUAUGAUCUGGCUGCACACGACCGCCCUGAUGGACGAUGCCAACCUGAAGCGGAUGAUCCAGAAAGGAUGCCCGAAGGACUAUUCGCAGUUCCCCUGCUCCCAGAGCCAGGAACCGGGACAAUUUUUAGCCUGCAUCAUUGACCAUCGCAACGUUGCGAAAGGCAAUGGGUGCAUCAGCUACAUCAAGCGCCUGGAAUGGGUUGCCUUCUCCGAUUACCGGUUUAUCAAGCGGUUCCUUGCGCACUGUACGCGCGACAUCGAAGCGCUGGGCUGUGGGCGCGUUGCAACUGGCAACGAUCGUGACAAAAUGUCCCAAGGAGAAACGGUCGCCUGUCUGCAGAACUCGCUGGACAAUCUGAACGAGGAGUGCAAGCGUGAGGUGCUCCAUCUGUCCGAGGUACAGUCGGAAGAUUUGACGCUCGAUCGACAGCUGGACGUGGCCUGUUCGAACGACGCAUUUCGCUUCUGCCAAUCGCUCCCGGCUGGAUCUCCUCAGCUGCUGAAAUGUCUCAUGAAGCACCGCAACGAUCCGGACAUGUCGAAACAUUGCCAGCAACAGCUGCUGCGUCACGAUCGGCUCGUGGUGCACGAUUACAAGGUAUCGCGCGGUCUAACGCGGGCCUGCAAGGAGGACAUCAAAACGUACCGUUGUCGCCGGGGAGUGUCGGACGAUAAGGAUGUGCGGCUGGCACAGAUCCUGCUCUGUCUCGAAGCGGUACAGAAGAACAGCACCAAGCUGAUGCCGGAGUGUGUGGCGGAGAUCAACGACCAUCGGCGAAUGCUGCUAACGGACUACAAAUUGUCGCCCGAAAUAUUGACCGGGUGUGAGAAUGAUAUCGAAAAGUUUUGUAGCAAUCUGGAUGCGGGCGGCAAAACGAUCCACUGUCUGAUGGAGCACGCGCGGUUGAAGAAGAAAAAGGAUCGCCGCGUCACGGACAUUUGUCUGCGUGCGCUGGAAACGCUGGUAAAGGUGACGGACGUUGGGGAAGAUUGGCGUGUGGAUCCGGUGCUCCGCAAGGCCUGCAAACCCGUCGUGGAUGUGGCCUGCUCCGAUACGGACGGAGGCGAUGCGAGAGUAAUGUCGUGCUUGAUGGAAAAGCUCGGCACAAACUACAUGAACGUUGAGUGUGAAUCGGCCCUGCUGCAGAUACAGUACUUUGUGGCAAGAGACUUCAAGCUAGAUCCGCAGCUGUACCGGAGCUGCAAGGACGAUGCGAUCCGGUUCUGUAAGGCGAAAAAGACCUGGGCCGAUCUCGACACCGCCCAAAUGGACCCGGAACGUGGCCCGCUCAUACUGCCCUGUCUGCACCGGUACGCUUACCCCGAGAAGGAAGAGAUGCGUCUCAAGCCGGAAUGUCUGCAGGAAGUGAAGCGUGUUAUGCGCCAACGGGCGAAAUCCGUCGAUCUGAUCCCGGAGGUGGAGGACCAGUGUUUGGACGAUCUCGCCUACUUUUGCUUCGAUAAGACGGGCAAAGGCGAGGAGAUGCAGUGCCUGCAGGACAAUCUCGAAAAGCUGCAGGAAGCGUGCAAAACGGCCGUUUCCCGGUACACCGAAGAGGAGGCAGCACACGUCGAGCUGAACCCGAUCAUCAUGACCGUGUGUGCCGAUGCGAUGGAGAAGCAUUGUGCGACGGUGCUGAAAACGGGGCGCGACGAGGGCGACAUGAUGGAGUGUCUAAUCGCCGCCAAGAACUUGCCGGAUAUGCGCGAAGACAUCAAAUGCCGGGCGGCGGUGGAACACUUUCAAAUCAUUUCGCUGAAAAGCUUCCACUUUACGUACAAGUUCAAGGAAGCGUGUCGAUUGCACGUGUCGCGGUUCUGCAGCAAAUGUACCACCAAGUACGAGGUCGUUGCCUGUCUGAGCGAAGUGAUGCGCAACGAUACGAUCAAGGAAGCGAAGCAUUCCAUCCCGAAGGAGUGUCGGCAGCAGGUCCGCGCGCAGCUGUACCAGCAGCGCGAAAACAUCGACUUUGAUCCGAAGCUGAAGGCCGCCUGCAAGGAGGACAUUGCGCGCCACUGUCCACAGAUACCGCACGGCUCGGGACAGGUGAAUACGAACAAUGUCCUGGAAUGUUUGCAAACGCACCACGGCGAUCUGACCGAGUCAUGCCACCAUCAGCUGUUUUCGAUCAAAAAGUCCGAACUGACGGACAGUGCGACCGAUUACACGCUGCUCAACACCUGCCGGGACAUGAUACGGCAGUACUGCCACGACACCGAACCGGCCAAGAUGCUCCACUGCCUGAAGUUGCACAAGGACGAAUCACUGUUCGACGAUCGGUGCCAUCUCGUGGUGGUGAAUCGUAUGAUCGAACAGAAUCUAGACUACCGGUUCAAUCCCGCGCUGCAGGCCGCGUGCUCGAAAAACAUUGCCGAGUACUGUACGCCCAUCAUCAGGAAUGCCAAGCAGAACGAGGAGCUGAACGGGAAAGUGAUCGACUGUCUGAAGGUUCGGUUCCGCGAGGGCAAACUGUUGCCCGACUGUGAGAAACAGAUGACGGAGGUGUUGCACGAGCGGGCAUUGAACUACAAGCUGAAUCCACUGCUCCAGAGCGUGUGCCACGACGAGAUACAGGUACUGUGCGGUGCCGUGUCGGAACCGGACGCAAACGAGGAUCAUGGCGCGGUUGAGGAGUGUUUGAAGCAGGCUUUCCUCGACAAGAAGCUCAUCAACCGGGCAUGCAAGGUGGAGGUGGCUGAGCUUAUUCAGGAAGGCAAGGCGGACAUUUAUGCCGAUCCGCUGCUGCAGCGGGCUUGUUCGGUGGAUUUGCUGAAGUACUGUUCCCACAUCCAAAGCGGCAAUGGACGCUUGCUAAAAUGUCUCGAAGGAAUUCUACAAGGCGAAAGUAAGGCACUGGAAGACGACUGCAAGAACAAACUGCUGACCCGGUUGGAGAUGUUCCAAAACGCAGCAGCGUACGUUCCACCGGCGGAAAACUUCCAUCAGCUGUACGAUCAGGUGGUUGCGUCCCCGUCGAAGCACUACUUCCUGAUCGUGCUGUGCACCUUUAUCGGCAUCAUCUUCAUCAUUGGGCUGCUGUGUGGACGCGUGACGCACCGUACGAUGGCACUGAAGAACAAGUAGUCAACUGCAGUCAACGGCGCAUGUUUCAGUUUCCAUUUCAAAUUACUAGACUGUGUUAUUACUUAUGUGUUAAAGCGAGCUAAGGAAGGAUGUUCACGCCGCGUGCAAUACGGGACGCCAUUUUCCUCCCGCCCCAGGAACACCCCUUUUCGCAGACAAGCUAGGUGCAAUGCAGCUGUUCGUAGGGCAAGCAAGUGCUGGUGAAAAGUGUUUUAUCUACAGUCAGAUGGUCGCCCGCCAGAGCAAGGGCGCCGACUAUCGAUGCCAGGCAGUGUAAGUGUAUUAUAUUAGUUAGCAUAUUUGUAGAGGCAUGCGGCCACUCCCUCGUGGGCGGGAAGUGUCCAGGGCGAAAACAUGGCAAAACACCUUAAAACGGAGUAGAGGAGCUAAUCGGAAAGCAUGGAAGACACAUAUAUAGCGUUUAGGGGAAAUCGUAUCAGGCAGCACGUUGUAGAAAAAAAAGACUUUUAUACAUCUUAUACCUUCCGACAGUGAAAACAGAAAAAAGGGCAAAGACAGACCGGUUUUGGAAAAUGGGCAGACUGUUACUUCAAAACCAACAAACAAACAACCCGUGGCGUACACCGUGUUUGCAUGCGCAUUCGGAUGUGUCAAUAAAAUAGUCAACCAAACGAA